CUAUCAUAUAUGUCAUUUCUCUUCCAUUUUUAGGGUUGUCCUGCUAGCUAGGGGCCCUUUGCUUUAACACAUUUUUUCCUGCUCUUAAAUAUAUAUUACUUGUCCCCUUCUGCUCCUAUAGCUACCCGCAUUCUUUCUGAACGCAUACAUAUAUCGUGCGGGGCAAUUUUUUGUCGUGCUUGAACCUCCUGAUAUUUUUGCCAUCUCAAACAAUUGAUCUUUUAAGAUUUAAUCAUAGCCAUGGCGGAUACAAAAGCAGGUUUAGACAUGGAUAGCUCUGACGAGGACAGGAAGACCAGGCUUGCAGCUCUAAAGAAGAAGGCAAUCAAUGCCUCCAACAAGUUCAGGAAUUCUUUGACAAAGAAGGGCCGCAGAAACAGCAGAGUGAUGUCUGUUUCUAUUGAGGAUAACAUUGAUGCUGAGGAAUUACAGGCAGUUGAGGCAUUCCGUCAAGUGCUUAUCCUUGAUGAGCUGCUCCCCAGUAAGCAGGAUGAUCACCAUGUUAUGCUCAGAUUUUUGAGGGCUAGGAAAUUUGACGUAGAGAAAGCAAAGCAGAUGUGGUCUGAUAUGCUCCAGUGGAGGAAGGAAUUUGGUACUGACACAAUCAUUGGGGACUUUGAGUUCCAAGAAUUAGAUGAAGUCUUGAAAUACUACCCACAAGGGUACCAUGGUGUCGAUAAGGAAGGACGACCUGUAUACAUUGAAAAACUUGGUGAAGUUGAUGCUACCAAGCUGCUGCAAGUCACAACAUUGGACCGAUACGUGAAGUACCAUGUACGAGAGUUUGAGAAAGCUUUCGUUUAUAAGCUUCCAGCCUGUUCAGUUGCAGCAAAGAGGCAUAUUGACCAGAGCACCACCAUUUUGGAUGUACAAGGAGUGGGUCUUAAACAAUUCACAAAAACUGCAAGGGAACUUAUUGCACGCAUUCAAAAGAUUGAUGGUGAUAAUUACCCUGAGUCCCUAAACCGCAUGUUCAUCAUCAAUGGUGGUACUGGAUUCAGGUUUUUAUGGAACACUGUUAAGCAGUUCAUUGACCCCAAGACUGCUUCCAAGAUCCAUUUCUUGGGCAGUAAAUACCAGAGCAAGUUGCUUGAAAUAAUCGAUGCUAGCGAGCUGCCAGAAUUUUUGGGCGGUGCAUGUACUUGUGCUGAUAAGGGUGGAUGUAUGCGCUCUGAUAAGGGUCCAUGGAACAAUCCAGACAUAAUGAAGAUGGUUCAAAAUGGUGAACAUAAAUGCAACAGGAGAAUUUUGUCAGGAAUUGAAGAGAAGGCAAUCUCUGAGGAUGAGAAGGCAUGCCCAAAGACGGUAGAUCCUUUCAAAGUAGCAGCAGCUGCGGAUCUUGAGUUUAAAAAAUUCUGUCCUGUUCCUGAAGAAUUUCUCAAUGGCACAAAGAGCAACAUCACAAACUAUGGCAACCUCAUUCCAAUGGUCGACAAGUCUGUAGAUGCUGCUUGGGAUCCUCCCAUGAAGUUCGAUGCCUCGAAAGUGGCCGAAUUCCCUGCAGCCGGUACUUGCAGGGCUGAUGGAACAAACAAUCUAAUCGUUAGUGGAGUUAUGGCCUUGGUAAUGGGAAUUGUCACCAUGGUUCGCAUGACACGUAACAUGCCAAGAAAAAUUACUGAAGCUGCAAUCUAUGGUAGUCAAGUUUAUUACGAUGAUACGAUGAUGAAAAAUAAUGCAUUGCCAGAACCCUCCAUCUCUACUGCUGAAUACAAGACCAUGAUGAUGCGCAUGGCCGAAAUGGAAGAGAAGAUGAAUUUUCUUGCAUUGAAAGCAGACACUAUGCCGCCCGAGAAAGAGGAAAUGUUGAAUGCUGCUUUAAGACGCACUGAAGUCCUGGAGCAAGAGUUGGCUGCAGCAAAGAAGGCACUUGACGUUGCAGUUGCUAAACAGCAGGAACUUCUACAGUACAUUGAAAAGAAGAAGAAAAAGAAGAAGUUUUUCGGGUUUUGACCAAAGAAUCCAGAAAAGCUGAGUGAGGUUACAGGUGAUGGUUUUUCUGCAAUGCCCCACACGAGAACUUGAGAAUUACUAAUACUGGAGGCGAUUAGAAAUUUUUUGCCCCUAUAUUUGUUAUUAUUUUAAGUGUUUACUGCUUUGUAUGCUACUCAACUUAAACGCUUUGUAUAUUACAUUGAGCUUUUUCUUUGCUUUCUUGUUCAUAUCUGUAUAAGUUUGAGUAUUGAUGGAAUGUACUUUUCCAGUUCUGCAGCA